AUGGCGCCCGCCUGGCCCUGGCUGCUGCUGUGGCUGGGGGUUCUGCGCGCCCUCCCGGCCCCGCCGCGCAUCCGGCUGCCGCUGCGGGGCGGCGCGGCCCCGCCGUCGGGACUCCGGCAGCGCCGGGCGCCGCUGGACAUCGAGCCCGACAGCACCGGCAGCUUCGUGGAGAUGAUCGACAACCUGCGGGGCAAGUCCGGGCAGGGGUACUACGUGGAGAUGACGGUGGGCAGCCCCCCGCAGAAGCUGAACAUCCUGGUGGACACAGGGAGCAGUAACUUUGCUGUGGGAGCUGCACCACACCCCUUCCUCCGGAGAUACUACCAGCGGCAGCUGUCCAGCACGUAUCAUGACCUGCGGAAAGGGGUGUACGUGCCCUACACCCAGGGCAAGUGGGAAGGGGAGCUGGGCACUGACCUUGUCACCAUUCCCCAUGGCCCCAACGUCACUGUCAGAGCCAACAUCGCUGCCAUCACGGAGUCAGACAAAUUCUUCAUCAACGGCUCCAACUGGGAAGGGAUCCUGGGACUGGCGUAUGCCGAGAUUGCCCGGCCCGACGACAGCCUGGAGCCCUUCUUUGACUCCCUGGUGAAGCAGACACGGGUACCCAACAUCUUCUCCCUGCAGCUGUGCGGGACAGGCUUCUCUCCCAACGAGACAGAGGCCGUGGCCUCGGUGGGAGGCAGCAUGAUCAUUGGUGGCAUCGACCGCUCGCUGUACGUGGGUGACAUCUGGUACACCCCCAUCCGCAAGGAGUGGUACUACGAGGUCAUCAUCGUCAAGCUGGAGGUCAACGGGCAGGACCUGAACAUGGACUGCAAAGAGUACAACUAUGACAAGAGCAUUGUGGACAGCGGGACCACCAACCUCAGGCUGCCAAAGAAGGUGUUUGAGGCUGCAGUGAAAUCCAUCAAAACAGCGUCUUCGACCGAGAAGUUCCCAGACGGCUUCUGGCUGGGGGAGCAGCUGGUUUGCUGGCAGGUCGGCACCACCCCCUGGCACAUCUUCCCGGUCCUGUCCCUCUACCUGAUGGGGGAGGCCACUAACCAGUCCUUCCGGAUCACCAUCCUGCCCCAGCAAUACCUGCGCCCGGUGGAGGACGUGGCCACCUCUCAGGACGACUGCUACAAGUUCGCCAUCUCCCAGUCCUCCACCGGCACCGUCAUGGGCGCCGUGAUCAUGGAGGGUUUCUACGUGGUGUUCGACCGCGCCCGCAAGCGCAUCGGCUUUGCCGUCAGCGCCUGCCACGUGCACGACGAGUUCAGGACAGCCGCGGUGGACGGGCCCCACCUGCACUCCAACAUGGAGGACUGCGGCUACAACAUCCCGCAGACGGACGAGUCCACCCUGAUGACCAUCGCCUACGUCAUGGCGGCCAUCUGCGCCCUCUUCAUGCUGCCCCUCUGCCUCAUGGUGUUCCAGUGGCGCUGCUUCCGCUGCCUGCGGCGCGACCACGACGAUUUUGCCGACGACAUCUCCUUGCUGAAGUGAUGGCAGAGCCUGGCGCAGCCCCGGCG